AUGGCGGAGCAAUGGCAUCUGCGCGCGCCAGUACCUAGCAACCCCAUCGUGUUCUUCGAUGUUAGCAUUGGUGGCCAGCCUGCCGGUAGGAUAAAGAUGGAGCUUUUUGCGGACAUUGUACCUCGCACAGCCGAGAACUUCAGGCAAUUCUGCACUGGAGAGUUCAGGAAACAAGGGCUCCCCGUCGGAUACAAGGACAGCAUCUUUCACAGGAUCAUCAAGGGCUUCAUGCUCCAGGGCGGCGACUUCCUCAAGGGCGACGGCACCGGUUCCCUCAGCAUCUACGGCAGCCGCUUCGAGGACGAGAACUUCACGGGGCGACACAUGGGUCCUGGCCUGCUCUCCAUGGCCAACUCUGGGCCAGGGACCAAUGGCAGCCAGUUCUUCAUCACCGUCGCCAAGACAGAGUGGCUGGACGACAAGCACGUCGUAUUUGGGCGGGUGCUGGCGGAGAGCAUGCUGACUGUGCGCAAGCUGGAGGCGGUGCAGACCGCGGGGCAGAACAACAAGCCCAAGUUGGCGUGCGUGAUCACAGAGUGUGGUGAGAUGUAG